AGCACACUUCAGCUACAAACCUGAGAAAACAUGACAACAGACUGAAAAUAUGGGGGUUAGCAAUUUCUUGUUGAUGUCAUCGAUUCUUUGACUUGUUUAAUUGAACAGUCAAGUGGUAAAAUAAUUAGAUCGUGUCAAGCAAUACACCAAACAGUCUGACACCACCUACUAGCACACGGACUACGAAGAACAUGAAGGCCAGCUAGCCAACUUGGUUUUUAUGUCUGCGUUCAAGUCAUCACCCUCAGUCUCUUUAUAAAGCUUUAAUAUAGAGCGGUGAAUUGGGCUUUGGGCUUCACGAAAAGUACAUGGUGUUUCUGUGGGUUUAUUAGGCUCAUUUUCAACAUGGCCGCAGCAAACACAACCAAGACAUCCUGGAGAUUACAGGAGAUUGUGGCCCACUCCAGCAACGUGUCCUCGCUGGCUCUGGGGAAGACCUCUGGUCGGCUGCUGGCCACCGGCGGAGAGGACUGCCGAGUCAACAUCUGGGCUGUCAGCAAACCCAACUGCAUCAUGAGCCUGACGGGCCACAACACGCCGGUGGAGUGCAUCCAGUUCAGCAGCUCCGAGGAGCAGGUGGUCGCCGGGUCGCAGUCCGGCUCGCUGCGCGUCUGGGACCUGGAGGCGGCUAAAAUUCUCAGGACGCUGAUGGGACACAAGGCGAACAUCUGCAGUCUGGAUUUCCACCCUUUCGGGGAGUACCUGGCCUCGGGCUCCAUGGACACAAACAUCAAGCUUUGGGACGUGAGGAGAAAAGGAUGUGUGUUCAGGUAUAAGGGUCACACGCAGGCGGUCCGGUGCCUGGCCUUCAGCCCGGACGGGAAGUGGCUGGCCUCGGCCAGUGAUGACAGCACUAUAAAGCUGUGGGACCUGACGGCCGGGAAGAUGAUCACAGAGUUCGCCGCUCACACCGGCGCCGUCAACAUCGUCCAGUUUCACCCCAACGAGUACCUGCUGGCCUCUGGCAGCUCCGACAGGACCAUCAAGCUGUGGGACCUGGAGAAGUUCAAAAUGAUCGGCUCGUCAGAGGGACAGACGGGGCCUGUCAGGUGCAUAUGCUUCAGUCCGGACGGGUGCUGCCUGUACAGUGGGUCCCAGGACACGCUGCGGGUGCACGGCUGGGAGCCCGACCGCUGCUUCGAUGUGGUGGCCGUGGGCUGGGGCAGGGUGGCCGACCUGGCCACCUGUAACAACCAGCUGAUCGGAGUGUCGUAUAACCUGACCAACGUCUCGUCCUACGUGGUGGACCUGAACCGGGUGAAGAAGUCUGGUUCUGUGAUCCACGGCCUGAUCCAGGAUGACAAGCCGCUCCCCGAGCCCGCGGCCAAAGGAUCCACCAUCCGCCGCAAUUACGAGCGCCCGCUCACCACCUGCGCCAAUCAGAGGGUGAAGCAGAAUUCGGAGUCGGACCGGCGCAGCCCGGAAGGGGAGAGGCGGAGCCCCAGCAGCGAGGACGAGCGCGACGAGAAGGAGUCCACCGCGGAAAUCCGCAACGCCGAGGACUACAAGGAGAUCUUCCAGCCGAAGAGCGCCAUCUCUCGCACCCCCCCAAAGAAAAGUGAACCUUUCCCUGCUCCACUUGAGGAUGAGAGUUUUGUGGUGAAGCCCAACCCAGCUCUGGAGAUGGUGACCCCCGUGCCGGACAGACAGGCGCUGAAGAACCCCCCCAUCGCCUCGUCCACGCCCGUGAUCCGGGUGGAGCCCACGGUGGUGCCCGCGGCCGCCCGCCCUCUCCCGGUGAUCGCCCCGGUGACUCGCCCCCCGCCGGUGGCGCCCCCUGCUGCCCGCCCGCAGCCUGGCGUCGCCCCCGUCCAGGCCAGACCCGAACCCGCCGUCAUCUUCUCCACCCGCAACGAGCCCAUCGGCCUCAACGUGGGAGACUUCCUCCCGCCCUCCAGGAACAGCAAGCCGAUGUCUCUGAGCGACGAGGACGCCCUGUCCCAGAUCAGGAAGGGGCACGACACCAUGUGCGUGAUGCUGUCCAGCCGACACAAGAACCUGGACACGGUCAGAGCGGUGUGGAGCAGCGGGGACGUGAAGACUUCUCUGGACUCCGCGGUGUCCAUCAACGACCUGUCCAUCGUGGUGGACAUCCUGAACAUCGUCAACCUCAAGCCGUCGCUAUGGAAACUGGACCUCUGCACCGCCAUCUUGCCGCAGAUCGAGGUGCUUCUGCAGAGCAAGUACGAGAGCUAUGUGCAGACGGGGUGCACCUCCCUGAAGCUCAUCCUCAAACGCUUCUGGCCCCUCAUCUCAGACACGCUCACGGCGCCCCCCUCUGUCGGGGUGGACAUUACGCGGGAGGAAAGGCAUCAGAAGUGCAAGACCUGCUACAAGCAGCUGAAGAACCUGAGCAACAUGGUGAAGAACAAGGCGGGGCAGGUGGGUCGCCAUGGCAGCGCCUUCAGGGAGCUGCAGCUGCUGAUGGCUCCGCUGGACUCCUGACUGCGCAGACGGCCUCUCCUGGGCUCCAACGCCGCCAGUCUGCGCAGCUGCUUCAGCGACUGCCAUCUGCGUGGCCUGCCUGUCUGCGCAGCCAGAGUCUGUCCCUUAAUCUCCGAUGUCUGCACAGCCUCGUCUUCCUCACCUCAGGAUGCUGACUGCGCCACCCGGCCCCGCAGACUCACUGGUCUGUUAUUCAGCUUGCUGAUUGGCUGAUGAAAUGGCUUCAGCCAAUGAGAUGAGCCAUCGAGUAGGUCCCAGCUUCGCUGAGCCUGUGCAUCGUGGAGUCUGAAGGACACAAGCAGUACACUGAGACUUUAGACACUUUUUAUAGCACUACUGUUUUUCCAUAAGUAUCUUGUGGGUGAAGACCACAUUGUCUUCUAGAUCAUUCCAAAAAAGAAUAAAUUGUUUCCAACUCGAACGUUCAGGUUCUUGACACCUGGUGCACACACCUGAUCACCAUAGCGACAGGGACAGGUCCUCGUGUUUGAAGCAUUAAAACACAGCAGGUGUUUGAAGUCUUUCCCUUACUUUUUUUUAUAUAUUGUGUUUGAGGUGCUUGCCCAAGACGCACGUGUGAGAACUUUAUCACAAUCAUAUGUUUUACAAAUAAAAAAAACUUAAAGAAAAAA